GGGGCUGGGGCAGGGGAAGCCGGCUGCAGCCGAAGGAAAUCAACCCCCGUGUUUUUAGCAUCCUGGCUGUAGCGGCAAGGAAAUUUUAGCAUGUUUGAAGCUUCCUGCUUAAAUCCUCGUAAAGGGUUGUUAGGAGGAGAUGGGCACACGGAAAGAGAUGGGGCUGUCCCACAGGGGCAUGGGGUCCUUGGCCCUGGUGUCCCUCUAAAGCUCACUUGGCUUUUUCCUCCUCCCGCUGGGGUAAUUGCUCCUAAUGAAGGCAUGCUGCAGGAAGGGGAGGGGGAGUGAUGGGGUGCAGAGUCCUGCUGAUGUGCUGCCGACGGGGCCCCUUAACCCUGCGCUGGCCAGCACUGCCAGGCCAGGGGUAGCUGGGCGGUGGCAUGUCCUGGCAGGUCAUCUGCACACGCCAGCUGGGAAGGAGCUGUCUGUCUCGUCGCGGGGACAGGGUCUCUGCAUCCCUCUGUUCACCCCCUCCCCACCCCAGCUUCCUGUAGGUCAUUAUUUCAGCCCCAGCUGCUUCUCCCUCUGCCAGGGUGAUUCUUCCCUUUUCUCAGUCUCGCUGCUCAUAAAAUACCCCCGCAUGCUCUGGGUACAUCACCCCUGCAUGUGCUGCCCUGCACUGCACUCCAGCCUGCAGCAGUUUGGGGGUCUCCAGGCCGUCACCAACCCCCUGGAUUUGCAGGGUGCAGCUGGAUUGAAUAGGCAGGGCUUAUUUCCUUGACUAUCUGGAUGGGGGCCUUGCCAUCCCGAUGUCAGCCGUGCCCUUAGACCCAGAGCCAGCCAUGCUGGGCAUUCACUUGUCGAACCAGAAGCACCGGGCAGUGCUAGGGCCCUGGCUUUGCUCUGGGCUUGUCCCACUGUACCGGGUGGGAGGGAUCCGGGCAGCUCCGGUGGGUGGUGUUUGGCGGGCACCGAUGCCAGCUGCUGUCAUGACUCUUUAAGAGCGGGGAGAGAAGUAGCAGCGAGAGGUGGCUUCAUUUUAAUUGCAGCUUUUAAUAGGCUCCAGGCGUGCGGGGCUGGCGCUUUGUCUCCAUGCAGGGCACAGAUGUAAGUGUGGGUUCGGAUGUCAUAAUUAUGGAAAUUACACCCACGGCCUCCACUUCAUCAUAGGGUUUAGUCAAGCUCAUCAUGGCAGGGCUAAGGGAUGGCAGGGGGCUGCUAUCUGAGUGCAGCUGGGCUGGGGAGGAAAGGGGGGCUGGCAUCAUGGGAGCAGGAUGCAAUGCUGUUCGCUCUCGUGGUCCCUUCUCUCUGCCAGCUCUGCAGCAAGGCUGGGCCCUUCCCUAGGUUGCUGCAGCGCCACGAGCUGAUGCUUGUUGAGCCUGUUCCCUACGAGGCAGUGAAUCAUGGUGCCUGUGUCUGGGGAUCUUGCCGUAGAAGUGCUCCCUUGCCUCUUCACGCCAGCCCUGCCACACAGGGAGGGAGUCGGGUUGGUGUGUGCCAGCCCUCGUGCAGGUGCCUGCCUCGGGCUCUCUGCUUUUGAGCAUCGGGGCCACGAAACCCAUUUUACAGCAGGUUAAAGCGAGGCACGAGACUUAAACACUCAAAGUUGCAGAGCAGGGUAUAGGUAGAUUUGGGAACGAACCCGGGGGUCCUGCUUCUGGGAGGAACGGAGCAUGGGGAAAAUGGCCAAGUUCUGUACAGUCAAACCCCCUUCGUGGAGGAAGAAGUGAGCGGCGUUGAAGGUGUCAGAGGUGGUAGCCACGUGUCUAACACAGGAAUAGAGGCUGAGCUUGAAGCUGACAGUUUGGGUGUGAGAUGGCCCCCGGGGUUAUCUUCCCAGCUGCUUCUGCUUGGGCAAGUCACGUCUUGUCCCCGGUCAAACAGGAGGAUGCUACGUAGGAACCUGGUUUCGGUCCUCUGAGCCUUUGUCCAUUUGCUGUUGAGACCCCCAGGAGGGGGAGAGGCCAGCAACACCUCUGCUAUGGGGACAGGGCAGAGGACAGCCUGGCUGGACCUGCAAAAUGGGCACAGGGUUUUGGGAAUCGCCUCGCAGCUUUGGCUAAGCCAUGAAGCUGGCCACUAAAAGGGGCCGGGGCCUGCUCUUAGCAUUCGCUGCGCUGCUUGCAAAGCUCCCCGAGCAUCAGUUUGCUCGCGUUUUCUUGCGCAAAGGAGGCGAAGGGUCGGGCGGGGAAUUGUUUCACUUCCUUAAAGGGAAACCCUUGGUAGCAGGGUUGGAUCUGCUUUUUCCUCUUGAUUGGCUGCCACUUAUUAUGCAGGGUUUCCUUUGGUUUUCUUAUGUGUUAUAGGAUGUCUGUGGUCUCGGUGACCUCCGUUUCCUCUCUCAGCAACAGUUGAACCAUGGAUGCUAAGCACAGUUAUCUGUAGCUGAGCUAAAGUGCACCUUCCUUGUGACGUGCACUCUGUCUCAUGGAGAUCAGGCCAAAUUGUUAUAACCCAGUGCUAUAUAACCCAAUAUAUAACCGAUAUUGUUGUAACCCAAUGCUAUAUAAUCCAAUAUAUAACUGAUAUUGUUAUAACCCAGUGCUAUAUAACCCAAUAUAUAACCGAUAUUGUUGUAACCCAAUGCUAUAUAAUCCAAUAUAUAACUGAUAUUGUUAUAACCCAGUGCUAUAUAACCCAAUAUAUAACCGAUAUUGUUGUAACCCAAUGCUAUAUAAUCCAAUAUAUAACUGAUAUUGUUAUAACCCAGUGCUAUAUAACCCAAUAUAUAACCGAUAUUGUUGUAACCCAAUGCUAUAUAAUCCAAUAUAUAACUGAUAUUGUUAUAACCCAGUGCUAUAUAACCCAAUAUAUAACCGAUAUUGUUGUAACCCAAUGCUAUAUAAUCCAAUAUAUAACUGAUAUUGUUAUAACCCAGUGCUAUAUAACCCAAUAUAUAACCGAUAUUGUUGUAACCCAAUGCUAUAUAAUCCAAUAUAUAACUGAUAUUGUUAUAACCCAGUGCUAUAUAACCCAAUAUAUAACCGAUAUUGUUGUAACCCAAUGCUAUAUAAUCCAAUAUAUAACUGAUAUUGUUAUAACCCAGUGCUAUAUAAUCCAAUAUAUAACGGCUAUUGUUAUAACCCAAUGCUACAUAACCCAAUAUAUAAUCUAUGUUGUUAAAACCGAAUGCUAUAUAACCCAAGGUAUAAUCUAUAUUGUUAUAACCCAAUGCUAUAUAACCCAAUAUAUAACCUAUAUGGUUAUAACCCAAUCUAUGCGAGCUCUGUGACCCUUAUUAUGUGCCUUUUGCUUUCUUUGCACAGACUGAACCUCCCGCUAGCUUUAUAGAUUUGUUGGGCCACAGUCUUGUCAUUUGAGUCUCAGUUUUGCCAUUUUAUAUCCAAAUUUCCCUGCGUUGCUUUCUUCCAGUGGAGGAGGGAGUGAAUGGAAAACGGCUCCAUCUCCUAGCUAUGGUAUUACUUUGGCUUCUGCAUCAGUCAACUUUGUUCUUGAUCUGGGAGGUUCCCAGAGAGAAGCUCUCAGUCUUGUGUUUCCAUUCUCUGCCCUGCGGAUUUGUUCACGAAGUUGUUUUUGUUCCUCUCCAUUUCCUCUUGGCCGUCACGCAAACGCUUGUUCUAGAAAUUCAGUAGAAGCAAGUCUCUCUCUCUCUGAGGUUACGGGAUGCGUCGUGCUAGGUGGAAGAGAUCAGAAUUCAAAAGGAUCUCGAUGUAUUGGAGGAAGGGCCUGAAAUAACUGGGUUGCGCUUGAAGGAGGACAAGUGCAAAGUACGGCACUUAGGUAAGAAUAAUCAAGAGCCCACACCCGGGAGGGGGAGUGACUGGCUGAGCAUCGGGGUGUGAUGGAGGAUCACAGACAGAAAGAGAGUCAUCAUCGGGAUCGUGCUGCUGUUGAAGCCGGGAGAGAAGCAGGUGUCAUGCCGGGAUGCACAACCUGGCGGUGAUACGGGAGAUGGGUGAAAUCAUCUUUCCCCUCCGUUCGGUACCAGCAAGGCCUCAGAAAGAAGCAUGUCAGCUGUUGGGAGAGAGACCAGCACAGAGCAACGAGCAUGGUCCGAGGCCUAGAAAGCACCAUCUGUGGGGAAAGAUUGAAAGACGUGAGCUUGUUUUAGUCUGGAGAAGAGAAGCCAGAGGAGAUAUGUGAAGUCUUCAACCAUGUAAAAGCUGCUGCAAAGUGGGAGGCAAUCAGCUGUGCUUGAGGGCUGCCGGAGGACAGGACCAGGACAGCUGAGGUCUGAUAUGAGGGCAUUAGGCACCGGAUGUGUUCGGUGGCAGGUGGUGGAAACCCUCCCGCUGGAGGGUCUCCAGACCAGGGGAGGAGACACCGUCUGCCAGGCACGGUUUAAUGCAGCCAAAAGCAGAGGCCUGGACUAAGCGAGCUCUGGUGCUGGCGUGUCUCGUCCUCCGGUUCAGCCAGGCGGGAGCGUUGAAGUCAAACCUCGAUGCUCCCAUGUACGGGGGAUAGGGAAGUGCAAGCAGCAUGGGAUCAGGAGCCUGGAAAGCCCUCCUUGUCAUCCUCCUCCUGCCCAUCCGGCAUGGAGCAGGCUCCACUGCUCUCUGAACCUGCCCAAUGCCUCUGCCUGCUGCAUCGCAGUGCUCUGCACAGCUCUGCCAGCCGGCGUCUUGCAUCUAGUCGCAUCUCACCCUCUGCCAGCCUCACGGCCUCCUUCAGCUCCUUCCCACCCCUAGCCAUGGGUGGGCAGUCCACCUUGGAGUGCCAACCUCCCCUUUCAUUAGCCCCAGAUGUUCCCUCUUCUCCGCUGGGGCGCACGUGCCCAUGAACCACGUCACUCAGCUGUAGUGUUCGACCCGAAUCUCUUCUGCAAGUUGCAGGUAGAACCGCCGUGCCUGGAAAUCAAGGACUGGGUUCCUGUAGACGUCUACGGACCUGCCUCUCCUGGUACCCACAGCAACAUAAUGCACAUUAUCAGUUAGCACCGCUUUAUCCUCAGAAAAGCCACAGAGCACUAGGAGGUUUGGGGCUCGGGACGCCCCUGCCCUGCUCUCUGCCAUCCUGGGAUCCUCUGGGUCAGCAACUUCUGAAAUCUUAUUAUCGAGCCGCCUCUGCCGGAGCUGGCCUGCAUGUCAUGUCACACUUGAUUAGGAAAUCCACAGAUGGCAGCAGCUCCUCUUCGUUGGGAGAUGCAAUUUCCUGUCCUGCCAUUUAUCAAAUGGAUAAAUGGAUGCAGUCAGCUCCGGCACCUGCCCUUCGGAGGUUUCAUCAUCACUAAGGAGCUGGCAGGCGUCCUUUCGGCUGGCUCUCGCCUUGGCGGGGAAAACGUGUUUGGUCAACUCUGCUCGCAAUGUCCUCGCUUUAGCAGAGUAAUUGGUUAGUCUUGUUGGGAUGGGCAUGAAUGGCUCCGGCCCCGUCUGGGUGCAGGAGAUCUGCUGCAGCCAGCGCCAGGCGUUGGACUCUGUUCGGGGUAUUUCUGUUGCUUGCGUUACACAGGAGACCACGUUAAAUGCUCUAUAAAUGCUCUAAUAGUCCUUUAUGGUGUGAACGGGCUAUGCGCUUUCUUUGCCUGGCUCUGCCUCGGUGGUGGUUCACAAAUGCUGUCUCCUCUCCCUGCCUGACUCGAAGGUUGGCUUGAAACCUGUUUUUCUCCAGUGGGUUUCAUAUCGCCUCUCUCCAGCCUGGAUUAGCUUCUAGCAGCCGCACCGUCUCCUCUGACCCCAGGGGUUUGACAUGCAUUGCUCUUUACGGGAGGCAGCCACAAGUUUUGUGGCUGAGGGAGGGAAAUGGGAUGUGAAUGAGUCGCCCUUGGUGCCCUCUGAGCUGUUUUCAGGAAGGAAGCUUCUGCCAUUCGGGAGCAGCCUGGCCUGUGAGACGUGAGCUGCAUCGGGGUCCAGUUUGUGCAGAGCAGAGCCCACCUCCUGCAGCCUUAUCGCCGGAUGCAGGCGUCCUCCCUGGCUGCAGUCCUCCCGGGCAAUGAGAGGCACAUUUGGGGGAGCAGAGGUUGGUACUGGAGCUGCACGUAUUCAGCAAGGAACGGGGCUUCAGCAUCCACCAAAGGUCCUGCACCUUCCCUCAUCCCUCUGUCCCGGUGCUGCAUGCACCCCUGAUUGACGUGGGGGAAUCAGCAGCUCCCAUGCUUAGCAAAUUUGAGGGGUUGGCUUGAGUCACCCAGGACCUGCGGCUGCCUGGGAAGGGAAGAGCUGGAAAGAGAGAUGCCUCAUCCUGCAGCGCGGAGCCCCGUGGAGACCCCCGCCGGCUUCUCCGAUGCGCCCCGCCGCUGAGCCACCUGCGGCCUCGGGCGCUCAGUGAGGGGUGAGACGGAAACCACUGCCGCGCCGCUGCCUCCACCACGGUCUCUGCUCUCUGCUCCCUCUUGCCGAGCCAUGGAGGCCACCGACGUGCCGGUGGGGAACCUCAUUGACUUUGACUGCGAAACGCCCGCCGAUGUCCCUGCCACAUCUCCUCCUGUGCCCCCUCCCAGCGGCCCCGGGCUGCUGGAAGACCCCGGGGACCUGGCGGGCGCCGGCGAGGAGAGCGAUGCCACGGAGUCGGCCGACAGCGAGAACGACAUGGGGGACUCGCCCAGCCACCCCAGCUGGAACAGCUACCGCCGCUCCUCCUCCAACGAGUCCUUCUCCUCCAACCAGAGCACCGAGUCGGCCAAGGACGAGGCGCUGGCGCAGCGCCGGGAGUUCAUGAGGCAGUACGUGGAGAAGAUCUUCACCGGCGGGGAGGACCUGGACCAGGAGGAGAAGGCCAAGUUCGGGGAGCUGUGCAGUGGCGAGAACGGCAAAGGCCGGGAGUGGUUCGCGAGAUACGUGAGCGCUCAGCGCUGCAACUCCAAGUGCGUCUCUGAGCAGACCUUCUACCGGCUGGUGCAGUCCUUCGCUGUUGUGCUCUUCGAGUGUCACCAGAUGGACGACUUCGGCCCUGCCAAAAACCUGAUGACCAUGUGCUUCACGUAUUACUACAUCGGGAAAAUGCACACAUUGCCCUCCGAGGCGAAGGAGAAGCCCGUGGGGAGCAUCGACUCGUACCUGAAGUCAGCCAACAGCUGGCUGGCCGAGAAGAAGGACAUUGCGGAGAGGCUCCUCAAGAACACGUCGGCCAAGACCGAGAACAUGAAAGGCUUCUUCGGGGGGCUGGAGACCAAGUUCAUGAGUGUCCUCUCUGCUUGUGCUGGGGGUGGGGAGGACAUCGAGGACAAGCCCAAGGAGAAGCUGCAGAAGACAGUUUCCAUGCAGAGCCCCGAGGACGAGGAGGAGAAGAAGGGGGAGAAGAUCUACCUGUACAUGCACCUGAAGCAGCAGCCCAUCUGGCACACCCUGAGGUUUUGGAACGCGGCUUUCUUCGACGCCGUCCACUGCGAGAGGAGGAAGAGGUCUCCAACCACCAGAGGGAACGCUGGAGAGGAAGAGGAAAAGAGGGAGAAGUGGUGCCACAUGACCCAGGAAGAGCUGGACGACAGCCUGCGGUUUAAUGAGAACAUCACUUUCGGGCAGCUGGGCACUUUCACUCACAACAUGCUGGCAUUCGGCCUGACCAAGAAGCUCUGCAACGACUUCUUGAAGAAGCAGGCGGUGAUCGGCAAUCUGGACGAAGAGCAAUACAAGCUGCUGAGUGACCACAUUGAGCAGAUGGCUACGGAGUAGCCUUGCGGUUGGUACCCAGGCUCCACAGCAAGGCAGAGAGGAGCGGCUGGCAUGAGGAGCCCUCCUCUGGGACCAGCCCGGGCUGCAGCCGGGCUCUUUACAAACCACUGCAAUAAACCCGCAUGAUUGUCAGCAAACCUUUGAGCCGUGCCCUGCAGCCCGUAGACAUAGCAGCGCCAACCAAACCGACCGUCUUCGGAGCCUCCUCCCCUCCAGAGCAGCUCCUUUCCGUCUUCUCCGAGUAUCGUGUGUGUCCAGAGUCGCCGCUGAAGAUCCCCCGUGCAUUUGUGUGGGCUCAGGGGAGGAGCCGUCUUGCUGUAUUCCCUUAUCCUGAGACGAGCCCCGGUCCUGCCCAUGCUGCUGAGAACUUCCCGGUGUUCCCCUGACGUGACCGCUUCAGUAACAAGCCGUGCUUGAAGGGACUGUUGGCAGGCAGGGGCAAGUGUGUGUGUCUGAGCGCACAGACGUGAUGAGUGGGCAAUAAUGUGGCAUCGCCAGCUGCUUGCUGCUUUUUAAGGCUGGCACCUAGCGGCUGAUCCAGGUGGAAGCCAGGUCCCUUGCAACGGGCGGCAGAGCAGAGACCGAGAGAUGCACAAUCCUUACAGAGAGGGUGGGUGGAAAGUUGGAGGCCGAUGGCUGCAUCAGGCUAUUUGUGUUUGUAGGGCACCUUGGCAGGUUAGCAUCAGCUGAGCUACAAGCCGGAGAUGAGAGCAAUCAGUCCUGCCAUCUGGAUUGUCCCGCUGGCGCCCUAGUAUGGUGGGCCGAUGUGUCUUGCUUUUUAAAGGACCUUUAAAAGGAAACGAUUAUGGCUGGAUGCGAGCGGGGGGGAUUCUUUAGGGACAUAAGUCUGAGGGCACUCAAGGAAGGGACAAGGGACCAGUCUUGGAGGUGCUGGAGCAAGUCUAGAGGCCGGGAGCUUCACUUGGCAUCAAACCCUAUUGCAAUAGGGCAUCCAUCUGUAGGAAGGCUGGUAGCCCUGGCAGCUGUUCCCUAGAAGUCAGGAGAGGUGAUCCAAGCCCCCUCCAGCAGCACGAAGGUUUGUCACCCAAAUCCAUCAGCAGGAGCAAGGUUCUCCUGGAAAACCUCUGUAUUUUCUUUAGAGGGCUGAGUGUUUGCACCCAGGGAGGUGAGUGUCAGGUCCUUGAGGGGCUCCUUGCUGCAGAUAGCCAGGCCAGGAAGUGUACCAGAAAAUCCUCAUUGCUGGACGUGUCCGUAGCUUUCCCUGUCAGUUAAACGCUUCAUCUUCCCUGCUCACUAUUGCUUCCAGCCACUGGUUUGCUGUGGAUGUGCUUGGGCUUUGGAAACCCAUUUCUGGGUGCAGCCAGCAAGCCUUGGCGGGAGCUUUCCCCCAGGCCUGCUGGCUUCCUGUGCCUCUUCCAAUCCUAGUCUUGUUUUUGCAAAUCUAAUCAUCCCACGCUCCUGCUCGCUGAGCCCUUCAGCAUCAACCAGCUUCGUCAGCCAGCCAGAAAAGGCCCUGCUGUGAAUGCUCACUCUUGUCCCCUGCUUGAGUGACUCCAGUCUCUCUUGAUGCCGCUCAAUCAGUGCAGCAGAGCCCGCAGGCUUUGGUCUUUCUGAGGCAUCAGCGGGUCUUGGAGGACAGGGACGGCAAAGCCAGGUCUGCAGGAUGGUGCAGGGACUGGAAAGACAGGACACGAGUUGCUCGGAGAAAGUGAAGCUCUCUCAGUAUCUGGACAGAACUGUUGCUGUGUCUCUUAAUGCAUUUGCAAGGGGCGGUGGUUCCCUCGUGCAGGCUGCAUUAGCAGAGCACACCGCAGCUCCUUAGCAAUGGAUGGAGACCAGCUAGAGCUAGAGCUGAGCAGACACCAGCUUUGAACCACUUAGAUGAUGUUCUCUGAGCUUUGCAUAGACCUGCCGUGUCAGGAGGUUGCUCUCACGCACCCAUUGAGUGUCUUCCUUUGUUUCGUGGCUGGAACAUAUUUUGCUAGCCUUCCUUUAACGGGGGGCUGCCUUCCCAAGGAGGUGGGUGCGUGCAUGCACCAGCUGCCAGUCGAACGAACAGAAUAGGGUACUCAACCCCCAUACAUGCCAGGCUGGGAGAUGAGCAGCUUGGAGUUUGUUUGCUGUCCGGCUGGCUCAGCUUCUGCAAUCUGCUCCUCCGCUUGCCGCACAGAUGAGCAGGGGGGAUGAGCUGGUUCCUGAGCUGGAGGAGUUGCUUCUGAAACAUCCUUGCUGUCUAGAAACAAGUCUUGAAUGAAUCUUGUCUGAGCACCGGGGGCCAGGGAGACAUGCAGGGCGGGAGCGAGAGAGAAGCAUUAGAAGGGAAUCAUCUCCCAGAUCUCCCUGGGCAUUUGCAAGUGUCUAAAGCCCCUUCUCAUUAAAAAGGAAGAGAAUUGAGCCCACCACCCCACUAUCUGCCUCUACAGCUUAAUUCAGCACCCAGUAGCUAAUAACAUCAUCCCCGACGGGGAGCUAUUCUGGAUCCAUUGCUCCCCAGAUUCUUUGUUAGCCUUGAUGUCCAGCCUCGCUGUCCUGGGGUUGAUUUCCCUCCUGUCCUUGAGAAGGAAACGGCUUGUAAAUUUGCAGAAGAGGUGGAUGUCAGAUAAAAUCCCAAGCCAUUGGUAAGAGCCAACUGCAGCGUGUUUGCAGAGGCGCCAUGCACUAGCAAAGCACCCGUCGAGGGCGAUGCCCUGCUCCUCUGGGGCACCUGGAGGGGUUUGCAAUUUGCAGCUGGCUUUUCCAGUUGGCUUUUUUUUAAGCUGGGGCCAUCCCAAUUCCCCUGUAAGAACAUGCCAAGGAGUUUAAAGCUUCCUCCUAGCUGUCGUGAUGGUUCAGUGACUGCUUGAAACAUGAGGGAGUUAAAAAAGGAAAGCAAUGGAGGCAAAACAGGUUGGGUUAUUUCUAGGGACCCUCAGUUCAUGACAGAGCCUAUGUUGUAGGUAGAGUCCAUGGCUUGUUCCUGGCAAUAAUUGUUUUGGACCCGGGGGGCUUUCAAAGGACAACUUGCAGACACGUGUGCUGCCCUUCUAGCUGCCGGCCUUGUGGUCCCUGCUGCAUCUGUCCUCUCUUGGCACAUUGCACUGAGAAAAGGUGGGACGUUAGACCCCCCACCACGGUAUCUUGUGCAGCGCUGCAGGGAUCUUCCACCUGGAUUUUGCCACUUCCUCAUAACAGUCUUUGCAGCGAUGCCCUGGGUGAUCUCCAGAUGUGUUCCCAGCUGUGCCAGCAGCAGCGUGAUUGUUGUGCCCUGCCUGGAGCAGUUGAUCGCAGCCAAGCAUUUAGAGAGGAAGGGGCGACUAGGACUGUCCGUGCAAUAUCCCAGUGAUUUUAAAAAGGGAGCAGAUAGGUUUUAGCAUAUUUAGGGGGGUUUAAGAGCAGCUCGCGACAUGGAAACGGGCGCCUUGUAGCAAAACUCAGGAACCUCUGAGAUCCGUGCUGGAUCUGCCCCUACGCAGGGAGAACAUGACACGCAGCGGGAGCUAACGCCGAGGCGGCGAAGUUCAGCACGGAGGAGGGCAAAAGGCAGGUGGGAUCACAGCUCCUUCCUGCGCUGGGGCAGCCGUCGAAUGGGAUUUCCCAGAAACCUCCAAAGUCACAACAGAAAUUCAGCUGCCGUCUGCUGCUCUUGGUGCGGGGACGUUGCCGCCUGCUCGAAGCUCGGUCUCUGCUGAGAAGUAUUACCGUCCUUGCAUCGUGCGUGUACAUGAGCCUGCAUUUCAAGGGACGUUGGGACCACCCUGCCCCGUGCUGUCGGUUCUGUGCUGUAGCAUACAUAGCAUAGCCAUCCUUUAAUGUAACCCCUUUGGCUUGUGGGUCCCGACUCUGUAGAACAGCGUUUCGUGGUAGCAGCCUCUCCGCAUCUCCACUGUGCAAGUGUGAUGUCCGGUUCUCCAGCGCGUGUCGGAAGAGAGAAAAAAGCCAACAAUUUUGGACCUCUCUCAGGAAGCACCAUGUGAAACACCCUCCGGGACCACGGGACAAUCUUGCAGUGCUGAGAAGCAGCAGCGUUUGGUGCUGGCAAUCCAGCCAAGUUGUGAUUUGAUUUUUUUUUUUACUCGUGAAAACUGAAGGGGAAAGCAGGUCCUCUUCCCUGCUCAAUGCUUGGCCGCUUCUCAGCUGUGCUCGUGGUGCGACUGUCCAUCGCUUGCAGCGAGGUCUCGUUUGUGUAAUAAGCAGUGCCCGCGAUCUGGUUCUGCGCUGACAGGUAGAAGCCGCAGCCGUCAGCGCAAACGAGAGCGGGGCCUACAACAGGCUAACGAGACCGUGCUCUGCAUCAGGGAGGUGGGAGCUGCCGCACAGCGCAAGUCAUUAGAGCGCUGUGCUGGCCCCGCGCCCCAGAUGCUUCCUCCUGGAGUCACGCUGCUAUCCCUCUCCCGUCCCCCUGCACCAUUCGGGCCAGAUGCUGUAUGCAAUUUGCAGCACAGAGCAGGACAAAGGGCCCUGCCUCUGGGCAGUGGCUCUCCUAUGAGACAUGAGCCACCCCGAGGAGAAGGACCCUGCAAGUCUAGACAGACCGCAGUGACCACUCUUCCUCCCCUGCAGACCCCCAAGGAGGCAGGAAAAAGGGAGCAGUGCCAACCCCAUUCUGUAACCAGGCUUUGGAGAAAUUAUAUUAGGUGCCCACGGUCUAAAGGAGGUCUUGUGUCCUAACACCAUUGCUGCAGUAGCCAGGACCAGCAAAGUACUUAGGCACAUGUCUACCUCGAAGUUUGGGAUUUGAGUGGGGUGGGUCACCUGCUUGGAGGUAUGCACCUGCUUACGUGCUGUUUGGGUCAGAGCCCAGGGCUCUGCUGACCUUUGUCGUGUGUUUUGAACUUAGUCAGGCCUCCACUUCCUUCUUUAAAACUGUCCUACAGAGGAGGCCCCCAGGUCUGCACUGUACACAAUCACGAUGGAGACCCGAGGCUUUCACCCUGGCAAUAUGUGAAUCCUUGCAAUCAUGCAAUGACUGCAAUAUGCAGUGAUCGCCCCGAGUUAAACAUUUGUGGGUUUAAUGCAAUCAUUGCAUUGUGAUGCAAUCAUUGCCUUGUCAAGGAGCUGCUAAUUCAACCCCCCCCGUAAUUAUGUGUCUUGAGAAAAGCAUCUCAUCGCUGACUGGUCACGGCUUUCCCCCUCUUUAAAUCUGAGACUGAGUCGUGAGGUUCCCAAAGGUCCUUUGCUUGUGUUGCUUUCUGUCCUUCUCCUGAUGCCCCCGACUUGGUCUCCCAGUCAGAGGAGCAAUAACUUGACCUUGGCUUGGGUCAAACCGGACAGAAUAGGUUGAACCUUGCUCUGAGCAUCAGUCAAGGUGGUAGGGAAACGGUGGACCUCGUCAUUCAAGCCCACGCUGCGUUGCUUGAAGGAGGAGGUUUUGGAAAUGCUAGUUUCUGGGUUGCAUUUCAAGCUGGACUUGUGGGAGAGUCAGCUGAAAGGAGUGAAAGGGCAGCUCUCUGUUGGUCCACUGGCCAAACACCUCCCGUCCAAAUGGGUAAUGGCACAGCGUGGGCAAGAGCAUUUCAGAAACUGCCCUGCGGUCUCCUUUUGAGAUGGGUGUCUCUGCUCCAGAAGGUCACAGUAAGAAGGGCUCUGCUCAGGAGAUGCCGUGAGAUCCAGCAUGCAGCUGGGAAGGGUUUGGGGAGAGUUCAGGUCAUUCCAGCCGCACCUGAUCAGAAACCUUAAUCACACCGGUCUUUGUACCCGAGCCACUGCUGUCCUCUUGCAAAACAUGUUUGUGCUGCUGGAAGCCAUACCCCCUCCCCGUCCUGGAUCUCAGGGGGGCAGGUCUGGAUGUUGCAUCGCAGAGCCCAAAUUCUGCGUGCGUCUCGCUUCUCCGGGGGUUUUGAGAUGAGCUCAAAGUUGAACCAUGUGAGGAUAAAACACUGCUGGAGGGCUUAGCUGGCACUUGUAGCUGCAUUAAAACCAUGUGGUGGAUCUCAGACGUAUAGGCAACCCCUAUCAAUGAACUCUCCACCCUCUCCCAGUAGCAGGGGAUUAUUAAAGCGUAACCGCGUGUAGGUUCGUUCUCUUUUUUUUUUUGGUCCCUGGAUUCUUCCUUGGUUCUUUUCCAAACUAGAGAAGUUUAGCAGUGACAAUAUGUUGUUUGCACGUGUAUUUUUGUAAAAAAAAAAAAAAAAAAAAGAGAGAGUCAAA